CCCGGUAACCGAGCCUCGCGCCUCUGCAGCCGCACCGGAGCCCGCCUGUCUCGCGCCUGUUUGAAGGAUAAAGCGCGAGCUUGACUGAGAGAUAUUAAAGCACCGCGCGCGCGCCGGACAUGCGAGCCGCCUCCCUUUCAUCGCCGCUGCGCGUGACGCCGCCGCCGCUGCGCGCGUGCAUCAGAGAAGAGUGUGUGUGUUAGCUGUCGUGUGUGUGGGUGUAUGUUAGAAUUGGCGUGUGUGUGUGUGUGUAAGAGUGUGUGUGUGUGUUACCCGGCGAGCGUGAGAGCGUAGGUAGGUGAGCCAUGAUGGAGGAGAACGUUUACCAGUCGCUCUCGCGGCCGCGCAUGGAGCUCAGCUACUCCAGUUCGUCCGAGGACGACGAGGAUACGGACCUGCGGCACAAACACUACAGAGAGUCGCACUCGCACCCGCACUCCGACUACCAGCCCGACCGCCGCUUCACCUACAACAGCCACAAGGUGCGCCGGAAACCCCACGAGCUCCAGGCCAAAGAGUCGGCUCCGCCAGCCUUUCCCGACUUCCAAACCGAGCUUCACUCGGCCAAUCAGGAGCUGGCGUACCCUGGCGGUGGCUCACUGGGCGUGGCCUCGGACCCUGAGUCGGUGGGCGGGGCCUCGCCGGACCACGCCCUGCGCCUGUGGAUGCAGGAGGUGAAGUCGGAACACAGCUCUCGCGCCUCGAGCCGGGCGAACUCGCUGCUCUCUCUCACUGACACGGAGCAGGAGGGGCGGGGCGAGCAAGAGAACGACAACGAUCUUCCGUCCAGUCCUGUGGGACGUUUCUCCUUCCGUCCUCUUCCUCCUCCUCCUCCUCCUCCUCACGCCUGUGUGUGUUCUCCAUCAGCCAGCAAUGCAGAGCUCAGCCAGAGGAACACGCUGCCCAGCAGAACCCACCAGAACGACACCAAACCGGGUCAGGACAAAACACACAACACGUGGGCGCUCAACAGCAACAUCCCGCUGGAGACCAGGCACUUCCUGUUCAAGCACGGCUCCGGUUCGUCGACGCUGUUCAACGCCACCAAUCAGAACUACCCGCUGACGUCCAGCACGGUGUACUCCCCGCCCCCGCGCCCGUUACCCAGGAGCCCCAUAUCACGCCCGCUCUUCUUCUUCAGUAAACCGUAUCGCUGCUGCAACUGGAAGUGCACGGCACUGAGCGCGGGGGCGCUGACCGUCGCCCUCGCCCUGCUCCUCACCUACGUCAUCGUAGUGCACUUGCUCGGCCUGCCCUGGUCUCUGCGGAAGUUGGAGCUGUUUGAAAACGGACUGAGUAAAGGAGAAGCAGCGCCGGAGGGAACCGACUUCAACAUCGACCUGCCGGGAUUCAACAGCAGCCAGAGAGAUAAGGAGGCGUGGCCCCGUGGGAGGGGCUACGACGUGGGCGUGGUUGAGGUGGAGGGGCGUGUCAUCCAGCAAGUCCCGCCCAGCAGCUUCUGGAGAUUCAGCAUGAUGCUUCAACAUCCAGAGUUCAUCCGCUUCAACAUCACACACACACACACCGCGCUGCUGGGUAUCUACGGCCGGAGGAACACACCGCCCACACACACACAGUUCGACUUUGUGAAGCUGCUGGACGCGAAGCUGCAGGAAGUCGGGCGGAGCGUUGCCAUGACGACAGUGUUCAUGGAGUACCUGGACGCGGGGACGUGGCACGUCGGCGUCUACAACGACGGCCGGAAGGUGGAGCAGGUGAAGGUGCAGAGCGCGGCUUUAGAAUUGAGCGACGGCUGCUCCACUAAUUGUAACGGGAACGGCGAGUGUAUUUCGGGUCACUGUCACUGUUUCACCGGGUUCCUCGGACCGGACUGUUCCAAAGACUCUUGCCCCGUGCUGUGUAGCGGUAACGGCGAGUACGAUAAGGGUGUGUGUGUGUGCCACCCGGGCUGGAAGGGGGCGGAGUGUGAGGUGGAGGACGGGCAGUGUAUCGAUCCCACCUGCUCCAACAACGGCGAGUGUGUGGACGGAGUGUGUGUGUGCGCUCCCGCCUUCAAGGGCAACAACUGUGAGGAAGUGGACUGCAUGGACCCGACCUGUUCGGGCCGAGGUGUGUGUGUGCGCGGCGAGUGUGUGUGUUCCGCGGGUUGGGGUGGAGACAUGUGUGAGACGCCCCUCCCCGCCUGUAAGGAGCAGUGCUCGCGACACGGAGUGUACCAGCCUGAGACGGGAGUGUGUGUGUGCAACCAGGGCUGGACCGGAACCGACUGCUCGACAGAAGUGUGUCCUGUGCCGUGCAGUGCCCGCGGCACGUGUGUCGGCGGGCGGUGCCAGUGCGAGGACGGCUGGGCGGGGCCCUCCUGUGACAGACAGGCCUGUCAUCCAAUCUGUGAGGAGCACGGCGAGUGUAAGGACGGGCAGUGCGUGUGCCACCCCGGCUGGGAGGGGGAGCACUGUACCAUCGCUCAUUACCAGGAUUUACUGGAUAAAGGUGUGUGUCCCGGCCUGUGUAACAGUCACGGCCGGUGUGUGCUCGGACAGUUCGGUUGGAGGUGUGUGUGCCAGCCCGGAUGGAGCGGAGACGGGUGUAACGUCGUCAUGGAGAUGCAGUGCGGGGACAGCAGCGAUAACGACGGAGACGGUCUGGUGGACUGCACCGACCCGGAUUGCUGUGGGCAGCAGGUAUGCGCGAACUCGCCGCUGUGUCAGGGGUCACCUGACCCUCAUGAUGUCAUCCAACAAAGCUCCACCCCCUUAAAGUCGCAGACACCGGGUUCGUUUUUCGAGCGGGUGCGGUUCCUCAUCGGCAACACACACACGCUGCCGGGAGAUCUGCGCUUCGACAGCAGUCGGGUGUGCGUGAUCAGAGGACGGGUGUUUGCGUCUGAUGGAACUCCGUUGGUUGGCGUGAACGUCACGUUCCAGCAGAAACCAGAAUAUGGGUACACACUCAGCCGGCAUGAUGGCAGUUUCGACCUGCUGGCCUCGGGGGGCGUCUCGGUGACCCUGCUGUUCCAGCGGGUUCCCUUCCUGUCCCAGACUCGCUCGCUCUGGCUGCCGUGGAACCGCUUCCUGGUCAUCGAGCGGGUGAUGAUGACACGGAGCGAGGCGCCGCCCCCGACGUGCGAACAGAAGAACCUGAUUGGUCCGAGCCCUGUGGUUCUCCCCGCCCCGCUCACUCGAUUCGCCGGACGCUGCGAGGAAAGAGGGCCGGUCGUACCUGAGCUACAGGCGGUGCAGGAGGAGAUCGAGAUGGCCGGAAGCUUCGUGAAGCUGAGUUACGUGUCGUCCCGGGCGCCGGGGUACCUGUCCGUGCUGCGGGUCCUCCUCACCCCGGCCCUGCUGCCCCCGGGGCUGCUGAAGGUGCACGUGUCCGUGUGUGUGGAGGGGACGCUCGUCUCCAAAACGUUCCCCGCCGAACCCAAUCUCAGCUACGUUCACUCCUGGAACAGAACCGACGCCUACGGUCAGGCGGUCGUCGGCCUCGCCCACGCCCUGGUAUCCGUAGGUUACGAGUAUGAGGAGUGUCCAGACUUUAUUCUGUGGGAGAGGCGUGUGGUGGAGCUACAGGGUUCUGAACUCAUCUCCUCCCAACUGGGCGGCUGGACGCUGGAUAAGCAUCACACGCUGCACGUCAAGAGCGGGAUUCUUUACAAAGGCGACGGGGAGAACGUGUUCAUCUCCCAUCAGCCCCCGCUCAUCUCCACAGUGAUGGGGACGGGUGCGGUCCGCCCGCUCGCCUGUCCGAGCUGCGACGGUCCGGCGGCCGGGCUGAAGCUCUUCUCUCCGGUGGCGCUGGCGUGCGGAUCGGACGGGAGCAUCUACGUGGGGGAUUUUAACUUCGUCCGCAGGAUCUCGCCCGACGGGCACAGCGCCGCCCUGCUGGAGCUCAGGAACCGAGAUUUCAGACUCAGUGGGGGGGCGGGGCUGCAGUACUACCUGGCGGUGGACCCCCUGAGUGGUUCGGUUUACCUGUCGGACGCGGCGGGUCUGAAGCUGCUGCGUCUGCUGUCUGUGAACGACGUUCGGGACGCCGGGCGUAACGCCGAGGUUGUGGCGGGAACCGGAGAGAAGUGUACACACCCCAACCUGAGGGAGUGUGGGGACGGGGGCAGAGCUACACACGCCUCGCUGCUCGGUCCUAAAGGAGUCGCCGUGGAUAAACGCGGCACCGUCUUCUUUGUGGACGGGACAACCAUCCGCAAAAUCCAGAACGGCGUCAUCGCCACGGUGAUCGGGGCGAACCCGGGCGCCCAGCCCAUCAGCUGCGACACCUAUAUGGACGCCAGUCAGGUUCUCCUGGAGCGCCCCUCAGACCUGGCGCUCAGCCCCCUGGACGACUCCCUCUACGUCCUGGACAAUAACGUGGUGCUGAAGAUCACAGACGCGGGUCUCGUCCGAGUGGUCGCCGGGAGACCGGCGCACUGUCCGUCCCCCGUGGUGUCGGACCCGAGCGGCUCGGCCAGGCCGCCGGUCCGCACGGCGCUGGAGGGCGUCAGAGGCAUCGCCGUGAGCCACGAGGGGCUGCUGUACGUCUCCCAGAGCGACGACAGGAAGGUCAACCGGAUCCAAGUCCUCAACGCCGACGGAGAAAUGACCGCGGUCGCCGGGGCGACCAGUGAGUGCGACUGUAAGAUCGAUCCGGACUGCGAGUGUUUCUCAGGUGACGGCGGUUACGCGCGUGACGCCAAGUUAAAAUCCCCGUCCUCGCUAGCCGUCUCUCCUAACGGUACCCUGUACAUCGCCGACGUGGGCAACCUGCGCGUGCGGGCCCUCACACCGCCCCGCCCUCGCCCGUCGUCCUCGCCCUCCUCGGCGGGUCUGUUCGAGGUUCCCUCCGCCUCUCAGCAGGAGCUCUACGUCUUCGCCGCCAACGGCUCGCACUUGCACACGCGCUCGCUGGUCACCGGGCACUUCCUGUACAACUUCAGCUACACGGGGGCGGGGCUUCUGAACUCCGUCACGGCCGCGGCGCCCGAGGGGGGCGUGGUCACCGUGAGGCGGGACUCCAGCGGGGCUCCUCUGUGGUUGGUCGUUCCCGGUGGGCGGGUCUACUGGCUGACGAUUAGCAGCGUGGGGACCCUGAGGAAGGUCUCCGCCCUAGCGCACGAGCUGGCGCAGCUUAGUUACCACGGCAACACCGGACUCCUGGCAACCAAGAGCGACGAAAACGCCUGGACCACCGUCUACGAGUACGACGACGACGGUCACCUGAUCAACGUCACCCUGCCGACGGGAGAGGUCAGCAGUUACCACGGCGACACGGAGAGGGCCUUCAGGGUGGAGUGCACCUCGGACCGAGGGCAGUUCGUCGCCGUCACCAACCGCACCGAGGACGGCGCCGCCUACACGCUGCGCCAGGGUCACUCGGUCAGCGUGUACCGCGUGAGCGGAGACGGCUCCCUCUCCGCCACCUACUCCAGCGGCAUGGACGUCACCCUGGGCACGGAGCCUCAGCCGGGGCCCGGACUCUCCCAGGGGCCGCUCCCGGGGCCCGUCCACCCGGCCGUGUGCCGCUGCAACGUCUCGCUGCCGGGGGAGCAGAGCUGGAGUCUGAUCGAGUGGAGACAGAGACGAGAGCAGAGCCGAGGAAACUACAGCACGUACGAGCGCAGACUGAGGGCCCAUAACAGGAACGUCCUCUCCAUCGACUACAACCAGGCGUCCCGGGUGGGGAAGAUCUACGACGAUCACAGGAAGUUCACCCUGCGCGUCCAGUACGACGGGCGUGGCCUCCCGGUCACGUGGUCGCCCAGCAAGUACAGCGAGGUGAGGGUGAGCUACACCGACGCCGGCCUGGUCUCCUCCAUCCAGAGAGGGAACUGGAGCGAGCGGCGGGAUUACAACAGCGGGAGGCUCGUCACCCGAACCUGGGCCAACGGCAACACCUGGAGCUACACCUUCAUGGACAAGUCCAUCCAGCUGCUGUUGCAGAGUCAGCGCCGCUACACGUUCGAGUUCGACCAGACCGACCACCUCCUGUCGGUCACCCUGCCCAGCAUGGUCAAGCACGGCCUGCAGACGGCGCUGUCGGUCGGCUACUACCGCAACACCUACACGCCCCCCGACGGCCCCGCCCACUCCCUGGUCCAGGACCACGCCCACGACGGGCGCCUCCUGCGCACCCUGUACCCGGGCUCGGGCCGGCGCGUGGUGUACCGGUACGGCCGGGGGGCGCGGCUCAGCGAGGUCCUGUACGACGCCACGGCGGUCAGCUUCACCUACGACGAGGCCACGGGGGCGCUGAAGACCGUCCACCUCACGCAGGAGGGGUUUGUCUGCACCACCCGCUACAGACAGACAGGUCCGUUGGUGGGGCGUCAGAUCUACAGAUUCAGCGAGGAGGGUUUGGUGAACGCCCGCUUCGACUACAGCUACAACAACUUCCGGGUCACCAGCAUGCAGGCCAUGAUCAACGAGACGCCGCUGCCCAUCGACCUGUACCGCUACGUGGACGUGUCGGGGCGCAUCGAGCAGUUCGGCAAGUUCAGCGUGAUCAGCUACGACCUGAACCAGGUGAUCACCACGCACGCCAUGAAGCACACCAAGAUCUACAGCGCUAACGGUCAGCUGAACGAGGUCCAGUACGAGAUCCUGAAAGCCAUCGCGUUCUGGAUGACGCUCCAGUACGACGGGGCGGGGCGGGUCAGCUCCUGCGACGUGCGCAUCGGCGUCGACGCCAACGUCACGCGCCACGCCUACCGCUACGACGCCGACGGCCAGCUGUCCACCGUCUCCGUCGACGACCGGCCCAUGUGGCGCUACGGCUACGACCUGAACGGAAACAUCAACCUGCUGAGUCAGGGCGACGUCAACGUGAACGGCCGGCUGACGCCGCUGCGCUACGAUCUCCGCGAUCGCAUCACGCGCCUCGGCGACGUCCAGUACCGCGUGGACGAAGACGGCUUCCUGCGCUCGCGCGGCACCGUCGUCUUCCGCUACAGCGCCAACGGGCUCCUCCAGGGGGCGCUGGAGCGGCAGAGCGGGCGGCGCGUCACGCACCGGUACGACGGGCUCGGCCGCCGCGUGUUCACCCAGACGAGCGACGGGAUGCGCGUCCAGUUCUUCUACGCCGACCUGAGCGAGCCCACCCGCGUCACGCACCUGUACGACCACGCCGCGUCCGAGAUCACCUCGCUGUACUACGACCUGCAGGGUCACCUGAUCGCCAUGGAGAUGAGCAGCGGCGAGGAGUUCUACGUGGCGUGCGAUGCCGCCGGGACGCCGCUGGCCGUCUUCAGCAGCCGAGGGACCGUCGUCAAGGAGGUUCGGUACACGCCCUACGGAGACGUGUACCGCGACUCCAACCCCGCCUUCACCCUGCCGUUCGGCUUCCACGGCGGCCUGUAUGACCCCCUGACACGCCUGGUGCGCAUCGGUCGCCGUGACUACGACACCGUCUCCGGGAGGUGGACCACGCCCAAUCACGAGCUCUGGGCCGGGAUCAGUGAGGAUCCCAAACCGUUCAACCUGUACGCCUUCAGGAACAACAACCCGCUCGGCACGGUGCAGGACGUCGCCAAGUUUACCACAGACGUGAGCAGCUGGCUGCAGCUGUUCGGCUUCCAGCUGCAUAACGUCGUCCCCGGAUUUCCCACAAUUCCCGUGGAGAAAACCCAGCAGACGUACGAGAUGAUGAGCACGCAGGCGCGGACGCACAGCUGGGAACCCAGCAAGACGGUCCUGGGCGUCCAGUGCGAGCUUCAGAAGCGCCUGCGGAGCUUCAUCUCGCUGGACCGCCUCCCGAUGAGCUCGGCCGACGGGAAGCCGGGGUUCCGACACAAGCUCCGCCCACGAUUCUCCGCCCUCUCCUCGAUAUUCGGCAAAGGGGUGAAGUUCGCAGUGCGCGACGGCGUCGUGGCGACCGAGAUCGUGGGCGUGGCCAGUGAGGACGGGCGUCGUGUGGCGGCGCUCCUGAAGGGCGCGGUCUACCUGAGCGACCUGCACUUCACCAUCGCGGGACGCGACACGCACUACUUCUGCAAGGACGCGUCGCUGGAGGCGGACCUGGGCCUGGUGGGCGUGGGGGGCGGAGCCAGGGUCCUGGAGAACGGCGUGAACGUCUCGGUGUCGCAGAUGAGCGCCGUGAUGGACGGCGAGCUGCGCCGCUUCGCCGAGAUCGUGCUCCAGCAGGGGGCGCUCAGCCUGCACGUGCGCUACGGGGCCACGCCCGAGGAGGAGCGCGCACGGGUCAUAGAGGCGGCGAGGGUCAGGGCCGUCCGAGGGGCGUGGUCCAUGGAGCAGAGGCGGGUGCGGGAGGGAGAGGGCGGGGUCAGAGCGUGGACCGAGAAGGAGAGGGAGGAGCUCCUGGCCGACGGGCGCGUCUCGGGUUACGACGGAUUUUACGUUUUGGCGGUGGACCAGCACCCCGAGCUGGCCGACAGUCCCUUUAACGUUCAGCUGGUCAGGCAAAGUGACGCAGGGCGUAGGUAACACACACACACACACACACACACACGCAGCUAACUUUGUAGAUCGUGCCAAGACCUGCUUCACCGUUAUAAAGUGACCUGCUGUUAUUUGAGCGUUUCUUUGGUUGAGGAAUGUUGCUUUGCUCAGCUUUGUUAUUAUUUGGGCUUGUUUUGUUGGA